CAGCAAGUUGACUUUUGACAAGUGAUCCAAGGUCAAAUUUUCGUCUAAAAUGUCAAUGUGGAACAAUUUCUCAUGUCUUUUCUUUUGAGAUAAUACUAAAAAUUGAACCCACAUCCAUUUCUAUCGGCCCUUUCAAAAACAAGGGUUGAAGGCUUACGCCUAAACACAUUGCUUAAAAGUUAACGAAACUGAAGAAAACUACUGCUAAUCGAACUAUCCAAAAGUUUUGCUGAAAAACCAUCCCCAAGAGGUGCAGCAUCUACCUGGAACUGGGGAGCAUCUCCAUAUAGAACACUACCAGCUGAUUUGACUCGCGCAAGGAGCCAGGACAAACUACAAGCCAACCAGACGCAGGACUCAAAUUGCAGGUUUUUUUUUGAGAUUUGCUAGGCAUACAUUUUUAUUUUUUGCCUUAAUCCUAUAUAACUGCAGAGAUUAGUAUCUGCUGUGCAUAAUUUUUGUGAUGCAUAUGUAACUGAUUUGCAUUUGUUUUGCUCUGGGCAUGUGCCCUAUAACGUGUAGAUCUGUGCCCAAUCUGUGUAACAUACUUAUACUAAGGUGCCAAAUUGAAACCUAAUAUUUUCCUACUGUCCAUUGUCAGCCAAGUAACAGAUCAAUUACACAUCAUUGUAACAACUAUUCAAGGCAAAAAAACUCUGACUGGACAUUUAGAAAGUAACUAAAAAUAUAUGAACAUAUGUAUGCAUAUAUUGAGAAAACAUACUAACAUAAGGUAGAGGGAUGGAUCGGCACUUAAAUGGUCGCCAGAAUAUGGGGCCUCCUCCCCCCAUACAAUAUGCUUAUUCUACUACUUCAUCUCAAACUCAAGCCAUACCAUAUUAUUUUAAUCAACAAGCAGUUGUCCAAAGACCUGGUGGGAUUACUCAGGGACAACCUGGUGCUCCAGCUCCAACACAAAGUGGUGUUCAAAGUGUGAUGCCCAGUUAUUAUUAUUCUCCCCAACAAAUGGUCCAAAGGCCUGGUGCUAUACCUCAGACACCUGGCAUGUCUGCACCCACACAGAAUCCCAUGGCACCAGUUUUACAAACAGCUUAUUUUGCUUAUAAUAUGCCAACUAUGAUUCCAAGGACUAAUGUGGUGAAUGCUCAGCCAACUGCUGGAACACCAGCUCCUCCGCCAGCUCCAGUAGCUACUAUGGCUACAAUGGCCACAAGUCAAUCACAACCUCAGACUACAGUGCAAAAGCACCCACAAAGAAGGAAAAAUGCACUGAAAAUCAUAGAUCCAGAUACAGGCGUUGAUAGGCUAGAUGAAAUUUUUGUAGAAAAUUCACAUUCAACAUCAGGUGAUUCAUCAGCACGUCAAACUCCGCAACCUAAUCCAAGCCACAACAAAGAGGUGCAAGCCACUUUUGCCAAACAAGUGAUGCAGGCUAUCAGUAAGGAUAAGGAAGGUACUCAUUUGAAUGAUGAUCAACAUCAUCAUGCUGAAGAACCAGUGGAUCCUAAUCAAGUGUACCAUAUGGGACCACAUGGGGUCCCAUGUACAAAGGUAGAUCCUAUUGUACAAACAAGCAAAUUGCAACCAGGAGCAAAAGAAUUUAUGUCGAAAGAGCCACCUAUUGUAUCUGCUAACUGUGAUGCAGAAGAGGUUACGUUAACCAAUAAACUUCCAAAAGAAAGAGAAAGCCCUGUUAAAAGUCGUAGUAAAAGGGAUUCUAAUAACAGAGAUCAGAAGGAUCCUGCUAAAGAAGUACCAGUUAUAAAAGACGGUGAUAAAGCUGCUCCUAUGAAACAGGAAAUGUCUUCCGAACCAAAUAAUUCUCCUCAACCAACAGUUAUUAGUAAAGACACUUCAAAGGAUAGCAGUUCACGUGCACCAGAGAAGAAAGGUCAACGAAAAGAAAACGCGAACACGACAGAUCCAAAGAUCGCUUCUCCAGAAGUGACUGAGAAUAGUUUGACUGCCGUAAACCAACAACAGACAUAUACUGCUAAUCAGGAUGUCAACAGUAAUUUAAAACAAGCUAAACAAGGUGCAGCUCGAACUAAUAAUCCUAAGGCAAAUGCACCCCUAAGUUCAACCUCAAAGCCUAUUCCUCAAAUACCAACACCUCAACCAGUGAAGUCAAGCAAUAAGUCACAUAAGAAGAAUGAACUCAACCAAAAAGGUGCUAACAAAGAAGGUACAGAUAUGGAUGCAUUCAAUGAUAACACAGUAACAGAGGUUAAUGCAAAUAUUGAUGUAAAUACUAGUCCAGCUGUUAGCAAUGAUGUCAUCAAUGCUAAUGUGAUUCCAACCCCAGAUACCAAUACCACUCAACCUCCUGUUAAAGACAGUAUAGAUUGUUUAACUACAGCAAGCAAUGAUACGACAAUCAAAGUAGAACCAGUGAAGAGUACAAAGAUGAAAAUUGACAUUACUGAUAUAGUUAAGGAGAAACCUAUAGUGAUGAAACCAUUUGUUCCUUCAGUUGAAAGUCAAGAUGAGACUGACAGGGCUGCGCUGUCAAAUGAUAAGGUAGUGAAAGCAAAGAAUGAAGCCAAUGCCAAAGGCGAUACUGGUUCUAACUUCAAAUUACCAUAUCAAGAGGGACAGUGGACGCCUUGGAACCAAACAGGGUUCAAGGUCUAUGAAAGAGACUUUCUUUUGGCAUGUAAGGACUUACCUGCUAGCAGGAAGAAGCCUGAUAAUAUCCCGGAUGUUGUGUUAGCAGACGAAAGAGGCAUGCCCAGUGAUGGCAGGCUUUCAAUGGGUGGACGAAAUGAUUUCUUGAACCCUCCGUUUAACAGCUUUGGUGGCAAAUCAGGCUCUCAGAGAGGAUCGAUGCCAACUAAACGCAAUAGUCAGAGUAAGAUGGAUAACAAGAAGUUAUCAAAACCUUCUGUGAAGCUGACUAUUUCAUUGAAGGAAGACGUCAAAUUGCAUGAAGUGGAGAAUGCAUGGAGGCCAGCAAGGUUAGUCAAGGGAGAAGCUGCCUCAGAUGAAGACAAGAAAACUGCAGAAUUGUAUAGGAGAGUACGAGGGGUGUUGAAUAAGUUGACUCCUCAGAAAUUCGAUACUUUGCUGUCACAGAUUAAGGGUUUGAAGAUUGAUACUGCAGAAAGAUUGCAAGGUGUUAUUGAUUUGGUGUUCGAGAAAGCUGUUGAUGAGCCUAAUUUUUCAGUGGCUUAUGCUUUGAUGUGCAGGGAGCUUGCGCUUAUGCAGGUGCCAACCCCUAAUAGUACACCAGAAAACCCAGAGUACGUCAAUUUCCGCAAAUUGUUGCUAACAAGAUGCCAAAUGGAAUUUGAAAAGCAGUCCGUGGACGAAGGUUUUCGAAAUGAGAAACUGAAGCAGAUUGAAGAGUGCACUGAUCCUGAAAAGAAAAAGGAUCUGCAGUUUGAGUUGGAAGAUUAUGAUACGAAACUCCGGAAGAAAUCUGUUGGAAAUAUAAGGUUUAUAGGUGAACUCUUUAAGCAGAAUAUGCUAACUGUGAAAAUCAUGGUGAGGUGUCUUAAUAAUCUCAUUGAUAAUAAGGAUGAGGAAAGUUUGGAGUGUUUAUGUAAAUUGUUAACCACUAUUGGUAAAGAGUUAGAAACUAAAAAUGUCAAUCUGUCAAAUAUAUUCACUACAAUGAAAAAUAUAGCAGAUAAGAAGGAAGGAAAAGUGAGUAGCAGGAUAAGAUUCAUGCUCCAGGAUGUAAUAGACUUAAGGAACUCAAAAUGGAUCCCAAGGAGGCAAGAUCACAACCCAAAGACGAUAGAUCAAAUCCAAAAAGAAGCAGAUCAAGAACAGAUGAACAUUCAGAUAAUGAAUUCUGUUCCUGCAACACCCAGAAAAGACGACCGCUCAAAUCCGAAUACGUUGGACAGAAAAGGUGGAAGGGGCAGAAACAGCUCAUCAGAUGCUGAGGGCUGGAUAACAAAUACCAACAGAAGUAGAACCAAUCAGUUUACAGUUCAAAGUGAUAAGUUGAAGGCAAAGGCUCCAUUGAAUGAUGAACCUUUUGGCAGCUCACAGAUGUUUUCGGCGUGGAACAGAGGCUCAGUAGGUUCCACCAUGAGAUCUCAAGCAGCUCCAUUGGGUGGUCCCAACAUAUACUCUGCUCUAGAAAACUAUGAACCCGAGAAGAGGAGUCUAGGCGUCAGUAGGUCAGGAAGCAGAGACCCUUACAUUCCAAAAGGUCCAAGCUUAGAGCAGCACAAGUUUGAUGGACGUGGCUCCAGAUCCGGAUCGCAGCAUCGAUCCAUGGAAGGUCCAAGACCAAGUGAGCCUUUGAUUGUUCAAAGGAGUGCCCCUUCAGCCCCAGCACCUGCCCCUGCUGUACCCCCUCCUCAAAAGCCACUUGUUACUGAAGUACUUACUGAGGAACAAAUGGAGAGGAAGAUAAACAAUUGUCUUGAUGAAUUUGUUAAUGGAAACUGUAACAUUGAUGAGUUCUUCCAAGACAUUAGCACUUUUGUGCCCCUACCUAAAUAUCCCAUGAUGAUUAGUGACUGUUAUCUAAAGGUGUUAGAGAAAUCUUCACAAGCACGAUUAGCGACUGGACUGUUGUUUACCAGGUUAGUGAAACAGGGUAAUAUAUCACUGAAUGAUUAUUGUAGUGGCCUCGAGGACAUCUUUGCUCAAGUUGAUGAUCUUAAAAUCGAUAUUCCAAAGAUUUGGGAUUAUUUGGCUGAGAUUUUAGUUGAAGGCUUAUGCGAGGAAGCACUGCCAUUGAAUAGAUUGCAUAAGUCAAUAGCUGCAUUAAUAGAACAGAGACAAGCAACUAAUAUUCUAGCUCCAUUAUUUAGAUUAGUAGUCAGCAAGAAGGGACCUAAUUUCUUACAGCAGAUAUUCAAAACUUCUGGUUUGCAAUUGACUGAUUUUAUGAAUAGCAGCGACGUAGAUUCAUUUGUGCAAAGUAACCACUUUGAAUUUUUGGUUGGCGGUGCUACAACCACUGGACAUAGUCAGAUGACUUUCGAACAGAUUGAAGCCAUGUUAGCAGUGUUUUUGAAAAAUAAAGCUAACUUUGAUGAUAUAGUGAAUUGGAUCACUGCUAAUGUAGGAGAUAGGGUGAAGGAGAACAAAUUCAUCAGGGCUCUGGCCACAGCGAUUUUCCAAGAUUCAAUAGGUCCCAACUAUAAGCUAGUCUCUGAAACGUUAACACACCACAACAACUUGCUGUUGAAGUAUGUGGACAACAAUCCAAAGUACGAACUUGAAUGCCUGUAUGCCUUACAAGCACUAGUGAAUAAAAUGGAGCAUCCUCAAGGACUCCUGCUGCAAAUAUGUGAUAAGUUGUAUGAAUUAGGUAGCUUUUCACAAGAAAGUUUUAUUGCAUGGGAAAAUAGUAAAGAUCCUGCUGAACAGGCUGGUAAAGGUGUGGCCCUGAAACAGUUGACUAGUUUCUUCACUCAAUUGAAAGAGAACGAUGAUGAUGAAUCUUCGGAGUCAGAAAUUGCUUAGCAACUGGUAUCUUCUUCAGUGAUAUAUAUACCUAGUAAUCGGGUUGCCUUUCAGCCGACAUUUUUUUAUUAUUGGGCCAACCAUUAUGGCACUUAACUUUCGUCAUACUUUAUUAUAGAUGUCCACUAUGUUUUUUGAAAAUCUGCAGGGCCGCUGUUUCAUCUUUAUUGGCUGUAUAUUUUUCAUACAUUAUCAUUGUAAUCUGCUACGAAAAUUUUUGAAAUGAUUUUUUGAUAUAUCAUAUUUAUUCGAAUAUUAUAGGUCCUAUACAAUCAUUAGGAUUCGAGUACUCAUUAAAGGAGAGUAUGGUUUCCAGAAUAAACUCUCUCAUAUUAUUUUAGUCCAUAGUUAGUAUCUUAUGAAAUCUGAUUGCUGUAAUGUUCUAUUAUGUGUUUUAUCGAAUAUUUUGUGUUAUUGAAUAAACUGUUAAUAAAGAUAUUUUUGUAGAUAGUAUCUCAAAUCCUUUUGACACCUAUUUUGAUUAAAAUUAUUACACCAUCAUUAGUAGUGUUAAAAAUUAACCUUUGCUAUUUUGAAAAUUUUAAUGAAAAAAUUAAAUAGUAAAAUAAUCUUCUCUGGAUCUAUUUGCAGAUAUUAAAAAAUAUUGAUAUGCUUUUCAUGUAUAUUUGAUGCUGCAAAAUUAACAUGUUUAUCAACAUUAUUAAGGAAUCCUAAAUAAGAACUUGUACAUUACAGUUUAUAAUCAGUUCGAGCUCUUGAAUUACAAUGCCGUCCGAAGCACAUUAUUUUUUUUUUGUCUCAUGUUGCAAAAGCUGAUCACAGAUUACGCGUUUUGUCAAUUUUUUGCGUCCAUUGUAUAACUCAAGAUGGGACAAUGCACUCUGAAUAACCUCAAGAUUCUCCAGUUGACUUGAAAAAUUGCAAAAUUCGCAUAUUUUCACCUUUUGUAAAAAUAUGAUGUGCUAAACUACAAUGUGAAAAGCAGCUCUCUAGAUUUUCACAAGUAUGUGGCCACAUAAAGUUGUGAUAACAUAUGGUGUUAGUUGAGUCUCAUAGUGACCCAGAUUGUAAGAACAUGUAGGCUGGAAAGUAGUCGUAUCAUCACCCUGUAUAUUUAAUAAAUCAAACUAACACAGGUAGAGGGUUAGAACGUCGAUUAUCGUAUUUAAGAAACAGUUUACUGCAGAAUAAGACUUCUUAUCUAUAUAUGUUAUUUACUGAUUAAAAAAUAGUUCAAUCGUCUGGUUGAAAAAUCAUUAAAAGCUGAGUUUUUAAGUAUUUUGCUUUUUGAAUGUGAAUAGUAAAUGUUAACGUACAGGAUGAAAUUGUGAAGAGAACUUGUCUGUAAAUAAGAAUAAAAUUUUUAAUACGGACAUGAUUGACUUAGUUUCAGGCAAUACAAAAUUAUCUUAAUGGUCUAUGGUAUUCCAAACUGUUUCUGUGUAAACAUGCAUCAGAAGUUCCAUCAAAACUUAUCUUUUAAAGAAUAAAUAAAAAAAUUGUGUGUGAAAGUUAAAGACUUGAGUGGAGACAAGCGGAUUGAAUUUUUUUAAAAAGAAUUUUUAUGUUUUAUGGAAAAAACUUAUAAUAGGUAUUUUUGAAAUAUAACAAGAAAUUUGAAAACUUCAAAAUAUUGAAAUCUCUGUAAAGAAAACUUGUAUAAUUUCAUAGAAACUUUUGAGUUUAUAUCUCAACAAUUAAGUUAGUUUGACACUGCAGAUUUCGGCCCAUAAAACGUGCUAUAUUUAUACAAAAACAUUUUUGUAAGAAAACUUCGGGACAUUUGUCUAUAUUAAGCCCUUUUCUUUGACACCCCAAAUUUAUUGUUUAUAUGUUUAAAAAUAAACAAGCCUCAGAAGCUUAACUAAACAAAUCGGUUUUUGGUUUCGCUCAUUUUAGAUAAUUUUCUCAUUGAAUGUAAUCUCUCACUUUUCAGAGCAUAUGUUAUGUUUGCUAUUUAUGAUUCAAAAUCAAAAUGUAUUUGUAAUUGUAUUUGUGUAAGAUUGAAGUUUUGUAAGUAAUGUUGUAAGUAAUUUUAUGCCAGGCGAUUGGACUGGACUAUUGAAGGAAAUUAUUAACUAUCAGUCAUUAUGCCUUUUCGAAAGAAAGGUAAGAAAUGAGAAUUUUUUAAAAUCUUUAUAUUGUAUAAAUGUAAAUUUAUUUGUUUCAUUAUUAGGGGUGAUCUGUUUCAUACUCGAUUCAUUAUACACUUGGAACUGUUUUAUUUUAGAGAAUUUUCUGAAGAACUUUAUUACUAUCAUGUAUACAAUUUUACUGUACGAAUGAAGUAUUGUAAUAUUUUGCGUAACUGUUUCAUUUCCUAUUAUUAAACAAUGUUCAGAUACGUUCAUUGGCAAAUUUUUAAUAAAUAUAUCCCUAUUAGACGUUGUAAGUUGUGUUAAAAAUAAGAUAUAAGUCACUGUCUAAGCAAACAUGUAAUAUAAAGUUAGAAUUCAUAAAGAAUAAGGCUUGGUAUGUGAGUUUAUUGUGUUUUAUUACUCUCUCAUUGGCGAAUGUAUCGUACAGGGUGGCCCAAAUUCUGAAUAACAUCUUACUCAUUUUUGAUGUGGUCCAAUUAACUAUUUCGAAAGAUUGAAACCAUUUGGCAAAUACAUAAAGGAUAAUGAUUCGCUAAAAUAUUAUGGCAUCAUCAAGGAUGAAGCGUAUAGUUGUCCAGAAGUUCUCUAAUAUUGAUUAUUUAGGUCAUUCAUAAAUUUAUAAUUUUUAUAGCCUUGCAUGCCUAGUUUUGAUUUUUCUCUAAUUGUAUAUAAUAUUGAACGUUGCAUAUUUUGAGUGUCAAAUAUAUCUUGAAAUGGUUAGAGACGUGUCCCUACAAAAUGAAUAUUUUCGGCAUAUCGUCAAACGGCUAUUUUAUCUGGUGUACGUCAAAAGUUUUUUCGAAAAAUUUCAAGCUAAAAUAUAAUGGGCGCGCUCAGGAAAUGACAUCUAUGUUAUAGCUUGAUAUGUUCAAUUUUCUUUCACUUAACUUUCUGUUAUGCAAUAAAUGCGUUUUGGUAAGCUAAAUGUAUACCGAAUCUUUGUAUUUUGCUGUCGUAACACAGAUGACAUCUUAACCAGACACAGAGAGAAGCAUACAUGUGAAAGAAUAAAAAUCUGCUAUCUUGAGUUGAAUAGUUCAAUAAAACGGUGUCAAGUAUUGUUUAAUGCACGCCUUUACCUAAGAAAUGGAGUAAAAAAAAAACAGAUAAAUAUCGGUCCGAUUACUAGCAACUAACUACAUGGAAAUUGCGAUGCUAACUUUACUGUAGCUUGUCUGACGGUUUUUGUAUAAAUCAUUUUGAAGAUUUAAACCUAAAUAUUCACUUUGAAAGUACACCAUGGCGUUCAACCUUUGAAUUUCAAUGUGUACAUAUAUGUUUUGCACUUUUAUGUGUGCUUGUGGUAUUUUAAUUCAAACAAAAUAAUUCUAUAUAUUUUUAUUGAGGGAUUUGAGAUCCUAUAUUUGGAAACUGGUUGUACAGAUUCCGUUUUGUGAGGAAAUGUACAAGAUGCUAUUUAGAUUUUUAGGUCGGGGAUUAUAUUUUUAGGGGGUUGUUUUAGUGAUUUUACUGUUAUUUUAAAAUUCGUUCAUAGAUUGAAUUAUAUUUUUGAUUACCUUAUUUGUUUAAUGAAGCUUGGUUGAAUGAGUUUGGGACAUCCUGUAAGCCAUGCUGUUAAACUGAUUUGUUGGUUUUAAUCUAUAAAUAUGCAUUAUCGGUAAGAAAAGAACAAAACUAAUAAAUUAGCUUUUGUACUUGUGUACCUUUCUUGAAUUAUAUAUCCCUCCUGAAAAAAGAUAGUAUUUUGUAUCCAAAGCACAAUGCCUUGUUCAUUUGAGAUAUCGGGCGUUUUUUGUUGUCUGCGAACAAGAAUGUUUCUUCUGACUUGAAGAAGACAUUGCGAAUAAAACAUUACCAGACAAAGAAUCUCACCAGUGGAUCAGAAGAAAUACACAAAAAACCCUGUAUAAGAGUAUGAGCAAUUAAACAAGAUAAUUGUAUUAUAGGUAGUUUUAAAUAAUCCAGGAAAACAAAAAACGACUAUUACCUUUUUCGAAUAACUGGAAAUCUAAAAAAGUAGAGUUGUUCGUUCUUACCUUGUACUUUAUUAUAAUUUUCUGUUCCACUUCUUACCUGUGUUGCAUUAUAAAUUCACGUUCAUAAUAGACUCUUCCAAAAAUAUUUUUGUUAUCGGACAACAAAAAGAUGUAGAGCUCAAAAUUGGAGUUUAUUCCAAUCACCCUUUCUUAGUAAUACUUUUUGAAAGUUUAGCGGAAAAACUGCUAGUGACGAAACAACAUCUAAAGAGCUAUAUAGAUCAGGUUUUGCAAAAAUAUUGCUUCGAUAUAGAGUGCUUUUCAGAACGAUCGCUCGCCAUUUUGAAGGGUAUUGAUUUUAUAUUCUAGGGUCAUAAAGUACUCGAAGAGACCCGUUAAAAAAAUGUAGGACAGCCUCUUUGAAAAGCAUCAUAUAUGAUCUACUUGAAUUGUGAUGAAACAUAAUCGUUAUACAAACAAUAAAAAAUAACAUAUAUCACUAAAAAUGCAGAGGUUUCAAUAUAAAAAUGAACUAAUUGAGUGAAAUAAAUCAAAAUUGGAUGAAAGAGAAAAGUAGGUAUAACAUUAUACAUACUUAUACAAUGAUGGUAAUUCAUAUACUCGUAUUAUAAGCAGAAGUGAGAGAUAACUUAUGUUAAUUAUUGCUCGAAGAAAUGUCGCAGUA